AACGUUAAUAGAAUUUCAUCAGUUUUAACCAUCGAAGAGGUUAUUGCACGUGCUCCAAAAAUGAUUCUGUUCCUACUCCCGAUUCUGGGCUUGGCAUCGGCCACAAACGUAUUCAAAGAUCCACGAUGCAUUCAAUACAGCGCGGGAGCACAGGCAAUGACCUUGCCCCAUAGGACAGAUUGCACAAAGUUUUACAUCUGUGACGCAGAAGGAAAUGCACUGGAGAUGCGAUGUCCAGGUAAACUGUAUUACAGCGCCGAAGAAGGAGUUUGCUCGUUCGAUUCAUCAGCUUGUACCGGCGGAGAGAUCAAUAUUAAUGAAGAACCUAAGGAAGUUCCCUCCGAUAACGAACAGCCCAUCAUUAUUGACAAUGGAUUCAAAAAUGAACAGGAAUUCCUUCAAAUGGCUUGUUUGGAUCAACCAUCUGGAGUGACUUUUCCAUUAGCAGAUGACUGUUUCUCGUACGUAGUAUGCUUACAAAGGAAACCAAUCAUUUUGACCUGUCCAGAUGGUUUGGCUUACGAUAAUCGAAACAGCAAGUGUGAAUUCAAAGAAGUUGCUAAUUGCAAGUCUCAUCACGUCCCGAUGCCGCUGAAACCAGUCGAUGUCUCAGAAACAUUCCCAGAACGUACACCAAUUGAAGGCCUAGAUAACGGUCAGUCAGCAUGGAACGUGCCGGAUCUACCGCUUCAUAAACCAGCUCCAGAAGCACCAAUCAUCUCGAUUCCAAUGGAACCAGAACGACCAGCAGAACCAAUUUUACCCAUGCCACAGCUCCCCAUCGUUCCACUCCCAGAGGAACCGAUUCCAGUCCCACAAAACCCAAUUCCAGAUCCAGUAAUACCACGAGAGCAGGAAUUCAUGCCAUACGGCCCGGUCACUUACGGAGAUUCGAGAUGUCCGCAACGAUUCGACCCCAACCAUCCAGUCCUUCUUCCUCAUAGCCGGGAUUGCACCAAAUACUACGUAUGUGUUGGAACCAAUGCAGUGGAAAAGCAAUGCCCCAACGGACAGCACUGGAGUCUCCAGAACAGCUGGUGCGAUUUCCCUCAACGGGCCAAAUGCAUUGCCAUGUGAGUGGCCACAACAUAUUAACCUUGUAUGCAUGUAAAGUUGAGGAAAAUAUAUCCAAUUAAAUAAACGAUUAUUAAUAAUAAAUGCAAGCAAUACACUUCAAUACAACAA